GAGACCCGCCGCCCCGGACCGUGCACGCGCCUCUCCAUGCGGUUUGAAUAAAGAAGGAAUUCAGCAGGGGGAAAUCAGCUGAUGAUGAAAAAAAAGACAUGUUCCUUGAGCGGACAACAGAGACCGAUUUGAUUGCCUUAUCUGAGCCCGGUCCCAGUGUCCGGGGGGUCCGGUUCUGCGCUCAGCUCCUCCGCUCUUUGUCAGGUUCACACACGGAGAGACCCGGCCGGUUUUGUGGGGUUUUCUCUGAAUGAAGCGGCUCUAGCGAAUAGAGGCGGUUUUAACACGCUAAUGACCCGGGACUGUUAUAAUUGUCGUUUUUUGGGGGGAAUUUGCGCCGUUCGGAUUUAUUUCCUGCUGGAUCGGAUCACCUUUUGUCUGAAGCAGAAGCGGCUGAUGCUGCGGUGUGCGAUGAAGUCACACUGACGGAAGAAGCAGGUCUUUAAUUAGGCUACGCUUUUUAUCAGCUUGUUAAUGCGGAUUUAUCUUCAUGGGACUGUGGGAGUGUGAAGUGGAACCAGUAGGCUACUAAUGGGAUUGUUUGUCUUUUGCACAGUGGAGUUUUAAAUUAAUAUUUCCAUUACUGAUCAUAUAGCCUUAAAAGGAGAUUCGCCUUUUUCCCUCCUUCUUUGUGUGGAAUUCAUCUGUCAGUCCCGGACCUCUGUUAGACUGUUCUGGUCCCGGGUUAAGCAGGACCAUGCCGGAGUGCGUGUCGGUUCCCGAGUUCUUGCAAGAGGUUCAGGAGGACUGGAGCUCCCCCACCACCUCCUCCUUCACCUCCAAGAUGAUCAGCUGCAGAAACACCAUCUACCUGCUGGAGGAGGUUUUGGACAGUGACCGGUUGGUGUUGCAGAAGAUGAAGAAAGCUGCUAAAGCCAAAUACACAUCAGGACAAGACCACGUGUCCCACCUGGAGCAGUACAUUAAUUCGAUGGAGAAGCUGUCGGUCAACUGUCACUCAAACGGAGAGACAGAGGUCGGCUCUGCCUUCUGUCGACUGGCCGACUUUUCUAAAGAGCUCCUCUCCCCCAUGAAGAACCUGCUAAAGAGCAUGCUCCACAACAUCAACUUUUUCCUGGACUCCCUGGUUAAAGGAGACCUGAGGGAGGUGAAGGGGGAUCUGAAGAAGCCUUUUGACAGAGCAUGGAGGGACUAUGAGAGCCGAUUUAAACAGGUGGAGAAGGAGAAGAGGGAGUUAGCUCGUCAGUAUGGGAUGGUGAGGACCGAGGUCAGCGGAGGAGAAAUUGCAGAGGAGUUGGAGAAAGAGAGACGCUCCUUCCAACUGAGCAUGUGUGAGUAUCUGAUUAAGGUCAACGAGAUAAAGACCAAGAGAGGAGUUGACCUUCUGCAAAACCUCAUCAAACACUACCACAGCCACAAUAAUUUUCUGCAGGAGUGUGUUUCCACCACUCAGAGGUUGAAGCAGUACAUGGAGGAGCUGAAUGGAGUCCUGAACACGGUGAAGCAGCGUCAGGAGGAGGAGAAGAAGCAGCUUGUGACUCUUAGAGAUCAGCUGAGGCCAGUCGUUCACACAGAGCAGGACUCUUUACCUAAGCAGGUGUACAGUAUGCAUCAGCUGCUGGGAGACAAACAGUAUGGGACAGAAAGAACAGGAUUCCUUUACAAGAAGAGUGACGGGUUGAGGAAAAUGUGGCAGAAAAGGAAAUGUUCAGUUCACAACUGUUACCUGACCAUCGCACACGCUACUCCUAAUAAACCUCCUACCAGACUCAACCUGCUCACCUGUCAGGUUAAACCCAGUGUAGAGGACAAGAAAUGCUUUGACCUCAUCUCUCAUAAUCGGACUUACCACUUCCUGGCAGAGGAUGAUGCUGAGUGUGUGGCCUGGAUCUCGGUGCUCAGUAACAGUAAGCAGGAAGCUCUGAAUGUAGCUCUGGACGGGGGGGGGACAGGGGGAGGCUGUGGGGAGAGCAGCGUGGAGGAUCUGACCCGGGCCAUCACUGAUGACGUCAGGCGGAUGCCAGGAAACAACUGCUGCUGUGACUGCGGAGCUCCAGAUCCUGGAUGGAUCUCGACCAAUCUGGGCAUCCUUACCUGUAUUGAGUGUUCGGGGAUCCACAGGGAGAUGGGGGUCCACGUUUCCAGGAUUCAGUCUCUGAAUUUGGACAGUCUGGGGACCUCAGACCUGCUGUUGGCAAGGAAUGUUGGUAACUCUGGUUUUAAUGAAAUUCUGGAGGCGAACCUGCUGAGUCCGUCACUGAAGCCCUCCCAACACAGCCACAUGGGGGAACGUAAAGACUUCAUUCUGUCAAAGUAUCAAGACGUUCAUUUUGUGAGGCGAAGCCACAGCUCUACUGCAGCGCUGCGACUCGCCCUGCAGGAGGCGACCAAGAGCUGCGACAUCUACAGUCUGAUCCAACUGUAUGCUCAGAGGAUGGAGCUGAGCCAGCCACUGCACACACACAUUCAGGAGAGAGGGGAGACCGCACUCCAUCUCGCCGUCCUGUUGUCUGACAGGACGUCGCUGCACAUCCUGGACUUCUUAGCUCAGAACUGCUCCAACGUGGACGCGCAGACAUCAGCGGGGAACACAGCGCUGCACUACAGCUGUCUGCACAACAAGAGCGACUGUGUGAGACUGCUGCUGAGAGCCAGGGCCAACACACACAUCAAGAACGACGUUGGGGACACCGCUCUGGACGUGAGCCGCAGGUUGAAGCACGGCCACUGUGAGGCGCUGCUGCAGCAGGCCCAGUCCAACCAGUUUGACCAUCACGUCCACGUGGAGUACGAGUGGAGGCUUCGCCAUGACGAUCUCUACGAUAGUGACGACGACUACGACGAAAAGAAUGGCCCAGUAAAGAAGGAGCGCUCCAUUUCCUCCUCUUCCUUCUCCUUCCCCCCCCGGCCCUUUAACUUAAGUCAGUCUGCCUCCUCUAUCCCCACCCCCCCAUCCUCAUCUGGAGGAGCUGGGGGUCUGCUCAGCGUGGGCAGGAGGCUGGCCAUGGCUAUGGAGCUCCACAGUCGACCCUCUUGCUGCACCUCCAGUCCCCCUCCUCCUCCGCCGUCCUCCCCUGCACCGCCGCUGCCCCCCAGGGUCAAAGUUCCAAACGUUCCCCCCCCUCCUCCACCUGCUGGGGGGGACGGAGUUGAGGAGGAAGAGGGGGAGGUCUUCUUCCCCCUGACAGGAAACCGAAAGUCGACGCCUCCCCCUCCCAUUGGCGUCCGACACAAGAGGAGCUGCUCCGAGUCCAGCAACCACGAUUAUGGGUUGCCAACCAGUCCCAGGAUCUACAGUGGACCAGACUCCUCCUUUAAGAAGUGUGUUCCAGCUUCUCCUCUCAGCUCGCUGACUGAACGACCACAUCGAGGUUUUCGGAGAGCGGACAGUGACGGUAGCUCCUCCCACUUCCUGCACCCUGUCAAAAAAGCCCCUCCCAACGGCUCUCCCACCAAUCACCGUUCUCAGAGCUUUGAAAAUGACAGCAGACGGCCCGCCCCCCAGCCGCUUCCUCGCAGAUCAUUGCCCCGCGGUGCGACCAGCCGCCGGGUGGAGGCGCUGUACGACUGCCAGGCGGACCACCACGACGAGCUGAGCUUCUCUGAGGGACAGGUGCUGGUGGUCCUGGGACAGGAGGACAGUGAUUGGUGGCAUGGUUACAUAGAGGAUGAACCGGACCAGAAGGGUUUGUUUCCGUCGUCCUUCGUCCAGCUUCUCUCCGAUUGACAUGAACCUGGAUUGGUGCAGACCCCGGACCGGUACAGAUCCAGACCUCAUCAGUCAGCCUGGAGAACCAGAACCAAACCAAAAGAGUACUGAGGAGAAGAACCCCUGAUUUGCGAGGGACUACGUCAGACUUGGAGGUUUUUGUCCUACUCCACCUCCCAGAACCGGACUAACAACCUUGGCGUUCACAUGAUCAACGGUCC